AUGGCUUGUUGUUUUAAUGAAAUAGGGGAAUACGCCGUUACACCGAUACUUAUUUCUCCAAGCGAGCCUGAUCCAUGUUGUUUCGGAACAGCCACCUACUGCCCAUAUUUACCUCGAUGCUCUAAAAAGCAAACGGAUUGUUGUGAAACUAAACCUCAAAGCAAAUAUCCAAGAAUAUCGACAUCUACACAUAAUAGUUGCAGUGAACAUUUCGAACGACUUCAGUCCCCAACGAGUCCCAAAUAUCAAACUGCUCAUUUACCAAAGGAAUAUUGUCCAACAUGUAAAAGUCCUUGCAAACCAGUCAAGACGAAGUACGUUAUACCAUGCUAUCGGUAUGAAGAUGGUCGAAUUGUUGGAAAAUUACCAGUCUCGGCAUUCAAACGGAAUGGUAUGCAAGACCAAGAGCAUUCAAAGUUAUUAGGUGCAGCAAAUUUUCUUACGCGCUGCCCUCGCGAUGUAUCCAUUGAAUGUGAAAUAAGACCUUACGGCAUAAAAGUUAACGACCCCGUAAAAGUGCCGCUAUAUGACAAUCACGGAUUCAAUUCUUGCUUAUUGAAAAAGAAGCCUAUUGAUGUGGCAUUAGAAGAUGUAAAUCAACCAACAACUCUGAUGCGCCGAGCAUGUGAAGUGGCUGUUGGGGCUAGACCUAGGCGAAAGCCGUUUGUCGUGUCCUCAUUUAGUGCAGAUCCUGAUCAAGAAGUCCAUCGAUACGUCUCUGAAGAUGAACGGACAAUACUCUGUGCGGGAUCUAAAAAGAAAUUAUCAGAGAAACAAAGGAUCAAAUAUAUUCAUUACAGAGCUUCGAUAAAU